AUGUCUCUCACAAACUGUCGGUUCUAUGAGGAGAAGUACCCGGAGAUUGAGAGCUUCGUCAUGGUCAAUGUCAAGCAGAUUGCAGAGAUGGGCGCAUACGUCAAGCUACUGGAAUACGACAACAUCGACGGCAUGAUUCUUCUAUCUGAACUGUCGCGAAGACGUAUUCGAUCCAUCCAAAAGCUCAUUCGUGUCGGUCGCAACGAAGUGGUUGUCGUCCUGCGUGUGGACAAGGACAAGGGUUACAUUGAUCUGUCGAAGCGCCGAGUGUCUCCCGAGGACAUUGUCAAGUGCGAGGAGCGGUACAAUAAGUCCAAGAUGGUGCACAGCAUCAUGCGCCACGUUGCCGAGAAGACACAGACACCCAUUGAGGAGAUCUACCAGAGCAUUGGCUGGCCGCUGAACAAGAAGUACGGACACUCGAUUGAUGCGUUCAAGCUCAGCAUUACGAAUCCUGAGGUCUGGAACGAUGUCACAUUCCCCAACGAUGUCGUGAGGGAUGAGCUACAAAGCUACAUUGGCAAGAGGUUGACACCGCAACCUACCAAGGUCCGCUCAGAUAUCGAGGUUACCUGCUUCGGCUACGAGGGUAUCGACGCCGUCAAGAAUGCGCUGCGUUGCGCCGAGGCCAAGAACACGCCUGACAACCAGGUCAAGGUCAGGCUCGUGUCGCCCCCUCUCUACGUACUCACCUCGCAAUGCCUCGACAAGAACGCCGGUAUCGCCUCGCUCGAACAAGCUAUUGUGGACAUCAAAGAGAACAUUGCCAAAGCAGGCGGCGACUGCCAAGUGCGCAUGGCACCCAAGGCCGUCACGGAGAACGACGACGCAGAGCUCGCAGCCUUGAUGGAGAAGCGUGAGCGCGAGAACCAGGAGGUCAGCGGUGACGAGGACGAGAGCACGAGCGAUGAGGGUGGUGUCGCCGAGGCGGAUUAG